UAUAAGGUCCCAUAGCUGACCGAUUAUGUCAUAGUACAAACCAAGCCAUGAAGUCCAGGGAGAUGGAACGAGGCACAGAUCUGGGCUGCAAUACAGAGGUGUUUUUACAGCAUUUGAGGUUCCAGUUAGCAGAGUGGCCUUCAUCAUCUGUAAAUGGAAGAAAUUUGGAACCAGUAGGACUUCCUGGAGUUGGCAGCCUGGCCAAUUUAAGUGAUCUGGGUACAAGAACCUUAGUUAGGAAGGUUCACUCUGUCAGAGCUCUGGCAUUACUUUGAGGAGAGAGGAGACCCUUUUAGAAGGACAACCAUUUCUGCAGCAUUCCACCAAUCAGGCCUGUAUAAUAGAGCGGCCAGAUGGAAGACAACCCUCAGUAAAAGGCGUAUGACAGCACACCUGGAGUUUACCAAAAGAACUGAUGAAACAAAGGCUUUCAAAUAUUGAAGACCUCUUUUUAAAAAAAAAAAUCAAGAUUGAAGUCUCUGGUUUAAAUGCCAAGUGUCAUGUCUGGAGGAAACCAGGUACUGCGCAUCACUUGGCCAAUACCAUCCCUACAGAGAAUCAUGGUGGUGGCAACAUCAUUCUGGGGAUCUUUUUGGCAGCAGGAAAUGGGAGGCUAUUCAGGGUCAAGGGAAAGAUGAAUGCAGCAACGUAAAGAGACGUCACUGAUGAUAUCCUGCUCCAGAGUGCUCAGGACCUUUGGCCUGGGGUGACUAUUCAUCUUGCAGCAGGACAAAACUCCUAAGCACACAGCCAAGAUGACAAAGGACUGACUUCAAGACAACUCUGUAAAUGUCUUUGAGCGGCCCAGCCAGAACCCAGACUUGAACCUGAUUGCACUUCUCUGGAGAGAAGUGAAAAUUGCUGUACAGCAAAAAAAAAUUGCAUCCAAUCUGAUUGAGCUUAAGAAGUUCAAAGUGCAAAGAAGAAUAAGAGCCCCAAAACAGGUGUGCCAAGCUUGUAGUAUCAUGCUCAAAAAGACCUGAGGCAUUAAUUGCACUUUGAAUAAAGAAUUGAGCAAAGGCUGUAAAUACUUGCCUACUUUUUCCCGCCUUAUGGGUUAUUGUGUGGAGAAUUUUGAAGUGAAAAAUGAAUUUGAAUGUGUUUUGAAUAAGGCUGUAACAUGACAAAAUGUGGAACAAGUGACGCGGUGAAGAAGAUGGAAUACUUUCUAGAUACACUGCAUCGCCUCAUGCUACCUGUAGUGACACUGACCCCAGCCACAUGCAAAACUAGUUUAAAUGAAAGGGCAAAAGAUGGGGGAGGGGAGGGGUGGUGACCUCCACCUGGAAAAACCAUGACUGUUGUGGGCGGUUCUCUGCCUUUUUAGUGCACUGGUGAAUUUCAUUAACACUAAAGCAGCUGAACUUGAUUAACAACCCCCUCUCCUACCUGACUAACCAGAUCAACAUCCCAGAAGUUUAACUGAAGCUAUGCUGUCUUUCAAAAGUGUUUAAUUUUGAGCAGUGUGCCACAAAGACUGACAUUUGUUAACGGAAGAUCAUCAACAGGCUGCACAAUGAAACAGUCAUACCAGAUUUUCCUUUCGUUUAGUUCUUUGAGUGCUUUUGUUGAACGACUCGGAACUAACUUUGCAGUCAACAGGCAUCACGUCACUACCUCAAAAUAGCGCAUCUUCUGGUUUACGCGAUGUAAAAACUACAUUUCCCACAAGGCCGUUUUGCGCUUUGCCAUUGGCGGUGGCACAGGUGACCGCGGACGCUCUGAGUUGUGACAACUUGACCGUCAAAACGAAAACAAAUUGGCUAAGUGUCAUCGGUUACACACGCGCUGUCGGUGUGUGGAAAUACGGGGAAAGUCAAACCUUUUAAACCUUGGUUUAAAACUCAGCUUGUGAUAGUUUCUGACGGACUUGGUGCCAGAAUAUAUAGAAGUGGCCACGCACUUUUUUUCCCCUCCUGAGCUUGACUCUUAUUUUGUACUGUCUGACCUUCAGAGCGGACAUGUAGUCAGCAGCAUAAGCAGAGCACACACUACUUUGUGAACUCUUAUUUACUCUCAAACAGCUUCCACUACCUCUCGGGCUGGACUGUGGUGCAUUAACGUCAGCUCGCCCUCCCCUGCCCCCCCGCCCCUCAGCCAUGGCCUCACGCAUUGGCUUGCGGAUGCAGCUGAUGCGAGACCAGCUGCAGCAGGAGGAGCAGCGUGAGCGGCAGCAGCUACAGCAGCAGCAGAAUGCAGCCCUGCAGUACAUGCAGAACCACAUGGCUGGGCCACCUGCACCCACCCCAGCCAUUAGCACUCCACAACAUUACCAAAGCAUGCAGGUCCCCAUGGAGGUUCUGAAGGUACAGACUCACCUUGAAAAUCCUACAGACUACCACAUCCGUCAGUCUCGAAGACAGCAAGUGAAAGAAUACCUGUCAACCACCUACGCUACCAAACAGGCGGUCAAUGCAGUAGCGGGGCUAAUACCACCCUCGCCUCCCACAAACAUGGGACCUGCAGGGGGUUCAGCAUCUGCACCCCCACCUCUCCAGUCCCCACACAUGCGCACCGAGCAGCUUAUGUCUGGCAACAGUGCCCCCAACAGCCCGAUGGCCAUGCUCAACAUUGGUUCCAGCCACGAGAAAGAGAUGGAUGAGGUCAUUGAUAACAUCAUCAGUAUGCAGUCCAAUGAUGAGUAUUUUCAAAGUUUCACUGAUGCUGUCCAAAUGUCAAACACACUCCCUCUUUCUAGCAGUCACCUAGAUGUGUAUGCAGGUCCUGGCAUGAAGGGUCCAGCCAUUGCUAUGACCAGCAACUCCUGUCCUGCCAAUCUGACCAUCAAGCGAGAACUCUCAGAUGCAGAAGCCCGUGCGCUGGCCAAGGAGAGACAGAAAAAAGACAACCACAAUCUGAUUGAAAGGAGGAGGAGAUUCAACAUUAAUGAUCGCAUUAAAGAGCUGGGCACCAUGAUCCCCAAAACCAAUGACCUUGAUGUGCGCUGGAACAAAGGCACUAUAUUGCGGGCAUCUGUAGAGUACAUCAAACGUAUGCAAAAGGAUGCACAGAGGACAAGAGAAGUAGAGAACAACUUCAAAAGGAUGGAGAUGGCCAACAAGCAGCUGUUGCUGCGUAUCCAGGAGUUGGAGAUGCAGGCUUGUCUGCAUGGCCUGCCCAGCAACUCUCCCUCUGGCCUGAACACGGGUGACAUUAUGGGUUCUUAUAUAAAACAAGAGACCAGCCUAGAGGAGAACCAUUCUCACCCCCAGGCACAAGCACACCACCAGCCCCAGCAUCUACCCCAUAACCAGGCUCAUCCCCAGGCCCAGCAGCACCAGUUCCUCUCCCACACACACUUCCACCCUCAGGGCCAGGCCCAGCCCGAACCCAGGCAGCUGCCACCACUCCCACAGCAUCUCCAGCCUCAGCCUCCCAUCCAGUACCCAGCUGUGGGCAGCUCCCAGCACUUUGACUUUGCCCAGUCGCUGGACUUGUGCGAUGGGAUAUCAGGGUUUUCAGAUGGCAUGUCUGGGCUGGGUGACCUGGGUGGACUUGACGUCCAGGCGAGGAGAGGCGACCUAGGUUUCCUUAUGAUGGACGAGCCUUUGUCCCCUAUGGGUGGAGACCCGCUGCUCUCAGCGAUGUCCCCUGAAGCGUCUGUCGACUCCAGCCGCAGAUCCAGCUUCAGCAUAGAGGACGGAGACAUAAUGUAGACAAGCAUGCAUUCGCUCAGUCAAACACACGAGGUUUCGCAUAGAUUGUAGUAAACAUAAAUAUCACGUUUGCAAAACACAAAAUGCGUACAUUACAUACACAGAAAUGGAUCAGCCCCCAGACAUGACAUCAUUUAUAUCACACAGUUUCAGGAAACACCAGUGACACUCCUUUGUGGUACAUUUAACUUCCCCUCGGUGUCAUUAGAGACAGUACACAUUCAUCACAAACAUUCACGAGCGCAUAAACAGACACGCACACAUACACCUACACACAUAAGUGCAUGUGAGUUUAACUGAGCAGCUUAAAACUUUGCCCAACACACUGAGCAUUUACAAGGUGUGAACCAGCACUGCCAGGUCAGGAGUUAUAUGGCACAAUUGGCCUUGUUUCCAUAAAGGUGGCCCUGAAUCAUAAUUGCACAAGGGACAAAACACCCAGUUAAUUAGACUGCCAUUAUCAGAUACAAGAACAAACCAAGUGCAUCAUCACACACGAAGAGGACAAGUUAUUUGCCCCUAACAUCAGCUCCUUUUAGUAAUCAUAAACGAUUGAAUGAACAAUAGAGAACAAAAUGGAAAUGGCUUUAUGGCCCUGCAUGCAUAAUUUAUCUUGAGGGGAUGCAGUGCAGUCACAUUGUUCCCUUCCUCAGGCUGUUAGUUGGCCUCAGGUUUUAGCCGUUUGGUGUUGGACAAAACUUUGUGUUAGCCUGCUCAAGUGUCUAUAUGUAUCCAUAUCUUGGGGAAUAUUGCCAAAAAAAACCCUGAAGUUUGCUGCAAAAGGUGGAUAAUUCAGCUUUUAGCAAAGGCCUUUAUAUUUACUUGUCGAGCUGAAAUUGUCAUCUUCUGAAAAAAUGCAUGCACAGGCAGUCACGUAGCGUUGCCCACCUUUAUUUUUUAGCACCUCCAGCACUGUCGCAAUCUUUACUCAACACUGUAAAGUCUGUUGACUUUGGAGUGGGGGUAGAGAAAACGCACUGGAUGGCCAUCAAAAAUCUGAGGGCCAUCCAUUUCUGUGAGGUGUCAAAACACUCAGGUACUGUAACAGAAUACACAAGCAGGCUUUUAAAUAGAAGUGGAUGUUAACCUGAAAUAUGUCAGGGCUGUAACCCCUGUCUGUUUGUGCCUUUUUACUUUUGCUGCUCCUCUUCAAAGGCACGUGUUUAUGGGUCGGAGGUCUUCAGCUUUGACUCUGUAUCACAUUCAUCUAUACCUGUAAAUGCUUUAGAAGUUGCUUCUGCAUCAGUGUGACCUUGUAAGCACAGGAGAUACAGUGAUUUCCUCCCACUAAGUGACCUUUUAAGGUUAAUAUAUAAGGCGAGAUGAAAGAAAGAAUUGACAUGUUUAAAUAGUUUAAUAGUUUGAGAUACAGGAUAUGCAAAAUUGCUGGCUUUGUCUGUCUGUUGGUGUCGCCAUUCCGGUCAUUCAGGCAUUGGUAAUUUAUUCAUGUUCCACGCUGUUUCAUCCAAGCGUCACCCAAAGCAAACCUGUGUAUUCAUUCAGACAUGAAGCCAAAAUGUUAAGGACCUGUCAAAUUAAUGGAACAGAGUGCAUGUCUGAAGGAACUAGAAGUGUUAGUUCUGCCUGUCAGCAGCCGUAGGCUUGUCUUUAUGACAUUAGAACACACUUGCAUGUAUUUGUGGUCACACUCACUUCACAGACAUGCACACUUUCACCACAAACGAUCACUUAGGUAUUACAGUACUCACAGGCAGGUGUGUCCAUUUUUUUUUGUUUCAUUUUGUUUUUUUGGACACUGAUGUGAUUUUUAUUAUUUUUAGCUGUGUACCAAAACAUAUUCAAGUUACAGUUACAAGGGGUUAAGGUGCAGAUUGUCAACUUUAUUUUGAGGUGUUGAACAAAAAUAUUGCAUUUACCUUCAAGAAAUUACUGCCUUUUUUUAUACACUAUUUUCAGGGAGGCAAAUUGAUGUAACUGUAAAUUCAGUUCUUUAAUAUCUUGUUGAGGUUCCUUUGCAGGCAAUGACUGCCUUAAGUCUUGAACUCAUGGACUAAAGCAGGGAUUCUUUCUGUAUUUUCUUUCAAA